AUGUCUGAAGGAUCAUCAAAUUCUGAUUGGAUUUUGGUUGGAAAAAAGAAAAAUAAUUUAUUUAAAAAGGCAAAUGAUUUGUUUAACAAAAAUACUGGCAAUUUGAUUAAUUUGAAUAAUUGUGUGGAUUUUGUUGAAGUUAAAAAUAAAUGGAGUAAAAUUGAAAUUAAUGGGGAACCCUCCAAAUGUUGUGACAAUGAAUGUAUAAAUACAAACAAACCUUACGGAAAUUGUAUUAAAGGAAAUGGUUAUGGGAAUAUAAUUAAUGAUGAAGACAUUGAAUAUUUCAAUUGUUUGGAGGGGAGAAAAUGCUUUGAUAAAUAUUUUGGUGUUUAUACAAAAAAUUCAUUCAAAAAACCUCAAAGAUGUUUUAAGUAUUCUUUACAUUAUUUUGAAGUCAAAUGUAAAUUUGAAAGGAAAUUAAAUAACGACAAAAUAUAUAUGAAUAUUGGGCUUCAAAAUUUAAAUACAAAUAAAUUUGUUGAAUAUUCUGCAAAGCGUGCUGUAAUUAUUAAUGAGGGAAGUGAUUUCAAAAAUAAUGAUAUUUUUGUUUAA